AUGGCUGACGAAGAAUUCAUUCGUACAAUGCUAAAUGAGUGGAAAUUGUCCAAAUGGUAUCAUCGAUUUAUUGAAGAAGACAUUGAUAAGGAAGCUUUUCUAAAUAUAACUGAGACUGAAGUGUCACGUAUAAUAACAACAAUUGGAGGAAUUCGUUGUUUUCUAAAAAAAAGAAAAUUAUUGAUAGACAAUAUAAAAUUGAAGAAAUCGCGUGCAAUCUCAGAUGAUAAUAAACUGGAACAAUUAAAAUCAUGCCAGCAGUUAUCAAGAUCCCUUACAGGAUUGCCUCCUAUCUAUAAAGAAAAAGAAGAAAUUUCUAAAGAAAAUUUUGAGAAAGUAGAAUUAUCCUGCAGUGAUUCACAACCUUCGACAUCAUAUGCACAAGAAAAUGUUCUUGAAGAUUCAUUAAACUGUUCAUCAAGUACCGAAGAUGUAUCAAGUUUCGAAGAUGAUAAUUUUAAUUUAAAAGAAUGUAGCAUUAAAAAGAAAGUCUGCAUUGACAUUGGUACCUCCAAUUUCUGCUGCAUAAUGGAUCAGGUGUAG